UCGCGCGCUCCCGCUGCCGGUGUCUCGGGGACGCGCAUUACCAAACGCUUUGAAGCGGAUGAUAACUCUCCAGUUGGCGCCGGUUCCGAGCGAAGAGCCAGCCGGGAAGGGGCGUGACCUGUCAAUGAAUGGGGGGCGGGCAGCUAGGAGGCUCCUCCCCUUAGAGACUGUUUAAUUAUUGCAUCGGAAGACACCGGUUUCCAGAAGGCACUCGGUGACACUCACUCAGAGACAGCGGCCGUACCGGACACCCGUGCAGUGGGCAAGCAUAACUGCAAAUACCGAUGGUGGCUUUUUCCCACUGCAUCAAUGGCCUUCAGUAUGGUAUGGAAAUUGCCCAUGUCGGUGUCCUUAGAAACGCAAAGCAUUGUUUGGAAUGAAUAGUCUGCCAGUUUGUCUGUUUUGUGCACCAUGGAAGUUUUCUCAUAUCUAACCCUCCAGAGCCAAAGGAACUCUAGAAAGCAAAUACCCAUACGUAGCAAAUAGCAAAGACUUUAGACCGAGUCACUCGGCCCUUGUUCAGUUUACUGCCUAUUUAAUUUUAUAGUAAUUUAUUGAAAUAUUUUCAUACCUCAUAAUUUUUGUUUACAUAUAUUUUUUUUUUUUAUUGGUUUUUUAACAGAUUUUUAAUUUUGAGCCAAAAGUAAAUAUGGAAUCAACAACCGCUUUUAGUGCAAUUACCAGUGCCAUUACUGGGCAGGCAAGUGGUCCCUUAGUGCAAUCCCUCUGGCUACUGAUUUUGGGUUUUGUCAUUGCAUUCAUCCUGGCAUUCUCUGUUGGUGCCAAUGAUGUUGCAAAUUCCUUUGGCACAGCUGUGGGCUCUGGUGUAGUUACCUUGCGUCAGGCUUGCAUUCUGGCAUCUAUCUUUGAGACCGUUGGAUCUGUGUUGCUGGGGGCUAAAGUGAGUGAGACAAUCCGGAAAGGACUGAUUGACGUCACCAUGUAUAACAAUACUCAGGAGCUAUUAAUGGCUGGUUCCAUCAGUGCCAUGUUUGGUUCUGCUGUGUGGCAGCUUGUGGCUUCUUUCUUGAAACUUCCCAUCUCUGGUACCCACUGUAUUGUUGGUGCCACCAUUGGCUUCUCUCUUGUUGCUAAAGGGCAGCAAGGUGUCAAGUGGACGGAGUUGCUUCGCAUUGUGCUCUCCUGGUUUAUAUCACCUCUUCUAUCUGGCAUCAUGUCUGCACUCCUGUUCUUCCUCGUCAGAAUGUUCAUCCUACGGAAGGCAGAUCCGGUUCCCAAUGGAUUGAGAGCUCUUCCAGUCUUCUACGCCACCACGAUCGGCAUCAAUCUCUUCUCCAUCAUGUACACUGGUGCACCCCUGUUGGGGUUUGACAAGAUUCCCUUAUGGGGUGUAAUCCUGAUCUCUGUGGGGUGUGCAUUGAUCUGUGCCUUGUUUGUCUGGUUCUUCAUCUGCCCAAGAAUGAAGAAGAAAAUUGAACGGGAGGUUAAAAGCAGCCCUUCUGAAUCCCCCCUGAUGGACAAGAGCAGAGAACUCUGUCGUCCCAUCCUGAAGCAGGAUCAAGAAGAUGUGAAGCUGCCUAUUGACCAAGAAAUCACAGUCGAGACGAAACUGCACAUUCUGGACGUGGUGUCUGUGUCCGUACCAUCAAGGGCCACAGAGGAGAAGACGGUCUCUUUCAAAAUGGGUGAAUAUGAUGAAGUACCAGAAAGAGAGAAAGCUCGGAGCAUGGAAACAAACAUUGAUCAGUCUACAAAUGGAGUGGUGCAGCUGCCAAGUGGGAACCACGUGCAAUUUAACCAAACCGUUAGCAACCAGAUGAAUUCAAGCGGUCAAUAUCAGUAUCACACCGUACACAAGGAUUCUGGCUUGUACAAAGAGUUGCUUCACAAGCUGCACCUGGCCAAAGUAGGAGAUUGUAUGGGAGACUCUGGCGAGAAGCCCUUGCGCCGGAACAACAGUUACACCUCAUACACCAUGGCAAUCUGUGGGAUGCCACUAGACUCCUUCCGGACACGGGAACCUGAAGCACGACCUGAAGAGGCAGAGAAACUCACUUGGCAGGGAGCAGAUGGGAAGAAGAGGAUUCGUAUGGACAGUUACACCAGUUAUUGCAAUGCUGUGGCUGAUGCACACAAGGAUACUGGAGUCGAGGAGCAAGAAGAAGGGAACACAGAAGAAGGAGCUGUGGACACAAAGAGCAGCAACUCCUCUCUGGGAGAGUGGCAUGACCAGGACAGGCCUGAGGUGUCUCUUCUGUUCCAGUUCCUUCAAAUUCUAACUGCAUGCUUUGGAUCUUUUGCUCAUGGUGGAAAUGAUGUCAGCAAUGCCAUAGGACCACUUGUUGCCUUGUACCUGGUUUAUAUGACUGGUGAUGUAACAACGAAGGCUUCUACACCCAUCUGGCUGCUCUUGUAUGGAGGUGUUGGUAUCUGCAUUGGUCUUUGGGUUUGGGGUCGCAGGGUCAUCCAAACUAUGGGCAAAGAUCUAACCCCUAUCACACCUUCAAGUGGUUUCAGCAUUGAAUUGGCAUCUGCUCUUACUGUCGUGAUUGCUUCAAACGUUGGACUUCCAAUCAGUACAACUCACUGCAAGGUGGGCUCCGUAGUAUCCGUAGGGUGGUUAAGAUCCAAGAAAGCUGUGGACUGGAGACUCUUCAGAAAUAUCUUCUUGGCCUGGUUUGUCACAGUGCCAAUCUCCGGCCUAAUCAGUGCUGGCAUCAUGGCCCUUUUUAAAUAUGCCAUUUUUCGUGUGUGAUCAAACGGCUGCCCAAAAUUGCCUCUCAGGACCACCAAUACAGUGCACGCAGCCAAUCAGAGCAACACCAUGAUGCAACAUAGCAACACAUGUCAGUGGCUUCUCUACACCUCACCUUUGAGAGGGGCUCCGAUCUAGUGAUCCAUAAUAUGCAAUGCUUCUGCUGUGCUAGGGAAAAGGUUAAACAUGCUGGGGUAGGGGGAAUGGCACUAGAUAUAAGCCAGGCCACCCCCUUUUUGUGCUGUAAAACUGCUUCAGAACAUAACAUGAACCCAAUCUACCUUUGUAAAAAUACCAAUCAUUCCUCAGUAUUAUUGUCUCCUUUGUAUAUAGAAUGGCUUGUAAGUCUUUUUUAAUUCAACUUUAAAUGUUUUGCUCAUUUUGUUUUAUAUCACAUACAGGGCCAGGGCCUACUAUGUUUUUGUAUAAUUUGGGGAUACGGCUUAAUGUUAUCUAAGUAGCCCCCCUUUUUCACUACCAGAAUUUUUGGGAGUAGAUUGGGUAAAGCUGUACCACCUAAAUACCAGUGCAUAUCGUGCAGGAACCGAAUCAAAUCUUACGUUUAAUGUUUUGUAAAGGUGGCUUACAAGAGUUUGUUGUAAAUUUUUUUUUUUUUUUUUUUUUUUUUAAACCCUCACUUUCUUAAAAUGUGGACCCAUCACAUUGAGCUGUGCAGGAUGUGUACAGAUCUCGAGUCUUGUUGCUUUUUGUUUUUCUUGUUCUCUCCCCAAUAAGGUUGCACAAUUGCCCCUCUUAUAAAGAAUCUGAAAUUAGAUGGGAGAUAUCAGUGGAUGAAGGUUACUCUGGUAAUCUAAAAGGUUGUCACAAUGCAGGCUGAAAGCCUGUCCUAUAUAGAAUCAAUUUCACUGAUUUGUUUUGAUCUUGUUACUGGUGAAGCCAAAAUAAAAUCGCACUAUUCAACCCA